CCGCUAACUCGUCAUCUCUAAUUUUACUUCCUGGGUAAAACAAAAGAUCAAGGGAACAAAUGGCGGUGAAUUUUCACGUUUGCUCAGCGGAUGAAAAGGACAGCACAUCAUCACGUUAAUGUGGAAAGGAUAUUCUUAGUUUAUAGAGAGUGACUGCAGAUAUAGACCCGGAUUUGCCGUCGCGGUUUAAGCGAUCGCACACUGAACACCGUGCUUCUUGAAAUGACCGCCGAUGAAAAUCAAUUGAAUCAUCACUGGGGGAAAAAGGAAAAUGGAAUUUGACCACGUUUUGAGGAUCAUUGGCGAGUUUGGACCACAUCAGAGGAGGCUAUAUGUGUUGUUGAAUUUGUCUCUAAUUCCUGCUGCUUUUCAACUUUUGUUGCAAGUUUUCGCGGGCGCCGAGCCAAGCUGGUCUUGUCUAAAUUCUUCCGCAAACGAAACCUGCCCUAGGAAUAAGUCACAUUGUUUGGAGAUACAAUACACUUCCAAGUUCACAUCCAUUGUCACAGAGGUACGUUUAAAUGUUUGCUUCCGUUGAAAAAAAAAAUAUGUAAAAACCAACUAGUACCAAGCUAACCAAUAUCAGAGUAACUGAUUACAGUAUCGGGUGCUCUUUUGCUCAGUUAACAGUGAACUUUGAAUGUAGGUCUGAUAACUAAAAAUUAUACAAUUUUGAAGAUUCAGAUAUAAAUACUACUUUAUUAGAGUUCGCUUUAGUUGGCUAGUUGUCAUAGCUAUAUUUUUACUUUGCUAAAAUUCCCCCCAACUGAUCAAAUGGAGGCCAAUAAUUGUUAUCAUAAACAAAGGGAUUUAGCUUGUUCACAAUUCUUGCUGAAAUAUUAAGCGGUUGUUUUGACUACGAAAUUAAUUCUGGCAGCUUCAUUUAUUUGAAAUUCACUGACCUGACCAUACUUUUUCAAUCUACAAUAAUUGCCAUCAGUAAUGAAUUAUUAAUGCCACGAAUAUUAAAUUAAGGUUGCAAUUUGAAACCCUUUUUAAUUCUGUACUUCCUAAAAUCAAGGAAACGGUAGCCAGUGCCAGAGAUCAAAUUCAGGAAACAACAAGGAAACAGCAACAUUAACUUUAUUAUAUUGAACAGAUAUAAUUACACCAAUAUGGGGAAUUCCCAAGGAAGUUCAAGUCACAUGUGUAUAUACUCUUCAUUUGUGUAAUGAAGUUACAUUUGAGCAGUUUUCUGCAAUAAUUAAACAACUGGGAUUUCAAAAUGUCAGAGCUGGAGUAGCUGUUAAAGUCAACAUCUCACAAGAGCACCCUUAAAUGAAUCUGCUUACAGUUCAAUGCGAAGCACCCUCGAAUCCUUCUUUAAGACCACUUCAUUGUUUUGACCAACAUAAUUUUUUUUGGCCCAGACGUAAAACAACAAAUAUUGAUCAUUCAUAAAUUUCUCUUAACCAAGAACCUCUUUACAGUAAAUUUAUGCAUCUAUCUUGUAAAUACCACCUGAUACUCCAGGUCUUAAGGUAGUCACUUUACAGGGUUUCACUCACAUUAGUUUGCUGUAAUUUGAAUAAGUCAAAUGUCUUUCAUUUUUAGGAUUAUGCUGAUUUCCUUAAUUUAUUCAUUUUUUUAUUGAGCGUUUGGAAAUGAUGCUAUAUAAAUUCUUGUAUCAUUUUGACCAUUUAAUACUAAUGUCACCUUCGAGAGUACUCGUCUGUGGGUGUCCCGCGCUUUUCCUACAGGCAUUGACCGUGACCGAUGUUAUGUCCUUACAUUUUUAUGUUUCUAACAUACCCUCAACUCUUUUUUGAGGGUUUGUGAAGGCGGCCAUAUAUUUUUAGAGCUGCCCUUUUUAUAAAAGUGUCCGUUAGGAGAGCUUUUAUUGUAUAAUAAUAGUGAUGAUGAUGAUGAUGAUAUUUCAUAGCUGGCCAAUAAUAAUAACUACAUACUGACUUGUGAAAAUGGUUUUGUUUUGUAGUGGAAUCUUAUUUGUGAAAAUGCGUACAAAGCUGACCUGGUGCAGUCAGUUCUAAUGACUGGAACACUCUUUGGUGCUCUGAUACUCGGAGCAUUUGCAGACAAAUUUGGAAGAAGAAAAAUUUGGUACAUUUCAUUUACUGGACUUGUAAUGUUUGGUUUUGCAAGCUCAUUUGCUCCAACAUACAGAAUAUACACUUUGCUGAGAUUUUUCACCGGUUUUUGUAUUGGUGGAGAGAUAUUAUCAGCUUUUGUCCUGGCGACAGAGCUUAUUGGACCAUCUUAUCGGGGCUUUGCUGGUACAAUGGCACAAUGUUUUUUUACAACCGGUAUACUGAUUCUUCCCAUAGUUGCUUACCUGGUCCGUGAGUGGAGGACGUUAUCUGUUUUGCUUUCUCUACCAUUUUGUGUUUUUAUACUGUUUUUUAGGUAAGUUCUAUAAAUCUGCUAUAUAAAUGGUUGAGUGGACAGUCUUUCAAUGUUUUACAAUACAUUUGCCCAUUUCAGUGGGUGGGGCAGGGCAAGGAGCGGAGGGGACAGGAGGUCAGUGACCAACAAGAAAGCUUCGGAUACUUUGGUCACUGCGCCCAUUUCCUGUAUAUUAUACUUUUUUUUUCCUGAUUUGUUAACCUACUGAUUCUGUAAGCCAUUUUAUACUGUAUCAACUUGAAUUGUGCAAAAUAGGCUUGAACUUGAACUUGGUCAGGAGGGAGCUGGCUGAUGGAAGUAAAGCUUGGGGUUAAAAUUCUGACCCAUUUUUUAGACAAAAAAAUACUUGCCCCUUACAGCUAGGACAACAACCUCUGUCUCAACAUCUUGCUUUGUUUGUUUUGAACUGCUGCAAAGCAUAAUUUCAAACAAGGAACUCAGUCAACCUCAGAUUUAACCUUUUGCCAUUCUGUUAACUAUACAACGUAAAAAAUCUUAGUUUUCACUCCUGGGCCAAAUUUUGUGGAAAUUACAAUUUUUUGUUCUUACUUUUACCUCUGUGGACAAAAUCCUGUGGUGUUACCAGUUAAAUGAAACCUCUUUAGCACAUUGUUUGCUUACUUAGUAUGAUAAUUUUAUCUUUUAUGACUUUUGCAAAAAAAAAUGUUCUUUCCUUGGCCACUAUUCGAUUGAAGUAUAAAUACAAAUUUUUUUAUAGUUUAAGGGUGAUUUUAGCAUUUUAGUAAGGGGGACCUUAGAACUCAAGGGAAUCUUUUUUCAAGGGAGAAUAAUUUAGGUGUAAAUAUUUAUUGUAGAUAGGUUUAUGUGACUCUAUGACUUUUGGAAACCACACGUCCUUCAGUAAACUAUUGUAAUUUUUAUACUACUUUCACUGAAAAUGCAGAAUUGUUCCUGAAUCAGCUCGAUGGCUCAUAAUCCGUGGUCGUUUAGCUGAAGCUGAAGACAUCUUGUCUAGCAUUGCAAGAAAAAAUGGUAUAGCUGUACCCAAGAUUCUUCUACAAGUACACCGUCCACUUUCUGUUGUUGGAAACAAAUAUGGAUGUUUAGACCUGUUCUCCAAUUUGAAGAUUGCUAAAGUUACUAUAGUAUUGUUUUAUUUGUGGUAUGUCUGCCAGUCAAUCGAAAUAAAUCAAUAAUAUAUGAAAUAAUAUCUUAACCACAAUCAUGGACAAAAGUCCUUGGGACAGUCAGAACGCAACUUCAAUUCUAUGCGUUUUACAAGUUCUAUCGCAAAAAGUAGUGCUGUCUUUUUACAAAUCCAUGUCCCCUCCCCCCUCCCCACCCAAUACAAUGUUGAAAGAUCAAAGGAAUUGUGCCUUGAUGGUUUCAACACUGUCUGUGGGGUGGGGGUAGGGGGUAGGGACGUACAGUGCUAGUAGCGUGCGGGUACAAUUUUGCAUGUGUUAAAAAGCGUUCGAACUGUACAACUGUCCCAAGACUUUUGUCCAUGAUUGUAGGAUAUUUACACAUGACAGGUUAUAUCACUGAUAACUUUGUGACCCCUUAGAACUACCUAAUAAAUUAAAUGAUUACAAAAAAUUAAUGAAUGAAUGAUCCACAGACAGAGAACUAACUUUUCAAUAAAUUCAUUGUUAUCCCCUUUUCAAUUUUAUAAGAAAAUGGUGAUCAAAAUCAAUUUAUUGAAAAAGUAGUUCUCUGUUGGUGGACCAUUCAUUUGUUCAUUCUUUUCUGAUUUAAUUCAUUUUUUAAUAAAUUGUUUUGAUUUAUUGAAAAUAAUAAACAUGGGUUUACAAACACAAGACUGCAAUCAACUAGAUUCAUGACAUUGUACAAUUUGUUGAUUUAUUUAAUUUUGUUCUUUUCCUUCAGGUUUGUUAACACACUUGUGUAUUAUGGUUUAUCAUUGAACACCAAGCAUUUGGGUGGCGAUAUCUAUAAAAACUUCUUCUUAUCAAGCCUAAUGGAGCUUCCUGCCUACCUUACCAGUGUUUGUUUGAUCAAUUGGUAAGUACAGGUAUUGCAGUAAUGCAGUGUAGUAUUUGAAUGUGUAAUUGUCUGACUGUUACUGGUUACCUAGAGUACUCUGAGGUUUUGGGUUCUGGGAGUGCAUUGGCGUGAAAAAACAGCCGAAAUUUCAUUAUGCCACCACUGGUUUCCCUGUGAAAUAACUUGUGAGAAAUGUGUGCAGAAACUCCAUACUGGUGAUGUAUCUUAAUGCUUCAGUGGUUUUUAAUUUAUGAGUAUAAUCAGCAUAACUGAAAUUUGAUACAGUGAUUGUCCUUUUUUUCAGGAUUGGACGUCGCCGUAGUCUGUGUUACUACAUGACGAUAGGGGGAACAGCAUGCCUGGUCUGUUUAUUUUUUCAAACAGGUCUGUGUUCUGUGAAAGUCUCCUCGCUACCACUUCCUUAUCCUGUAAACAAUGUUACCUUUUGCUUUGUUUUGCCAGAAACAAAAUGAGAUGUCAUUCUCCCAAAAAGUGUCCCAGGUUUCCCCAUUGCUUUGCAAUAACUAGGACUUAAGAUUUAAAACUGAAUCACAAUAAAAGUCUUUAAGUAAAAUAUGUCUGGUCCAUUAUCCUUGAUGGUACAGUCAAAAUGCUAUGAAGCAGCAGUGACCUGUGAAUUAGAAGGGACAGGGUAAGUGACCCUUUAACAGACUGAAGUUCUUUUUACAGUGAUUACUGACAGUUUUGCUCCCUGUGUCUCUUGUAAUGUACUGCUUGCUAGAUACAGGAUGGCCACCUAAUAACAGUUUGCUUUUACCAGAGGUUCCAACUCUUGUUAAUAAGUGAUGAAUAUUUAAAGGAUUAGACAUAACCUGAAGGCAUUGAUUUCUUUUCACUCUUCUGCUCUCUUCAGGUACCAAACCAGUGUACAGGAUUUUAACAACCAUCUUUGCCAUGAUUGGCAAGUUUGGAAUCUCUGCUUCAUUUGCUGUCAUUUAUAUUUAUUCUGCAGAACUUCUUCCCACAGUAGUUAGGUAAUGUACGUUACUGUCUUAAACAAUUAUUAGAAUUUUACAAUAAUUAAUUAGAACUUAUAUAGCGCAUUUUUCAUGGAGCUUGAUCAAAUGCGCUUUACAAUGAGUUAAAAAGACUAAAAAUGAAUAAAAUUUACAAGCAGGUACCAAGUUUUUUUAAAAAAGUAUUAACAAUAAAAUAAAUGAAAUAAAUACCCUGCUACUCCACUGCGCUUUACAGGAAAUUGAAAAGACUAAAAAUAUAUAUAAAUUUACGAGCAGGUAAAAGGUUUUAAAAAGUUUUUAUUAAAUAAACGAAAUACAUACUCUACUACAAAUUAAAAGCUUGUUUAAAAAGAUAUGUUUUAACAUGGCUUUUAAAAUUUGAAAGAAAAUAGUACUUAACAUAAUACUCAGUAAUAGGAAAUCAACUUAAGAUCCUUAAAUCAGCUUAUUAGCUCUCCUUAAAAGGCGUUCUGUCAAAACUACGCUGAAUUUCAGGUGUUUUUUUUUUAAAAAGACACCCCACAAUCCUGUACAUGAACUGGAGCCGAUAAGUAAUUGGCUCCUGACAUGAAUCAGUUAAAGCCCAAUCACAAGCCAUUGGAGGAAGUGUUAGAAAAAAGCUUUUUAAUUAAAAUUUAUAUUAUUCAUAGUUCAAUCAUACUAUUUUAUAGGAAUGUCGGAAUGGGUGUGUGCUCCAUGGCCUCCAGAAUCGGUGGCAUUUGCUCUCCUUUUGUUGUUUUCUUGGUAAGUUUUCUUGUUCAAAAUUUUUUCAGUUGUUUACCCAGCUUUUUCUGGUUUGCCAGUCCCACUUACUUCCUUUUUCAGCUUUUAAUUACCGUAAAAUUCUGAAAAUAAGCCCCGGCGCUUAUAUUUUUCAAAGGCCCUUUUUGAGGGGCUUAUUUUUGGAGGGGCUUAUCUAUGGAGGGAAACGUUUCAANUCUACUACAGAUUAUAAGCUUGUUUAAAAAGACAUGUUUUAACAUGGCUUUUAAAAUCUGAAAGAAUAUAAUACUGAACAUAAUACUCAGUAAUAGGAAAUCAACCUAAGGUCCUUAAAUCGGCUUAUUUGCUUUCCUUAACCCUUUAAGUCCCAAUAGUGACCAACAGCAAUUUUCUCCUAACAAUGUCCAUACAUUGUCAAGAGAUAAGGUUGUAAGAAUGUAAAAAAUGAUCACGAAAGAGAAAAUGCCUUGAUGUUUUAUUAAAUUCUCUCAACUUAUUUUUAAAGGAAAUGUAUGGAGAUCAGUUUGGAGAAUUUGUAUGUGGAUACUGGGGCUUAAAGGGUUAAAAGGCGUUCUGUCAAAACUACGCUGAAUUUCAGGUGUUUUCUUGAAGAGUCUAAAUUCAUAGAGUUCCUUCUCUUGAAAAGACACCCCAUAGUCCUGUACAUGAAUCAGUUAAAGCCCAAUCACAAGCCGUUGGAGGAAGUGUUAGAAAAAAGCUUUUUAAUUAAAAUUUAUAUUAUUCAUGGUUCAUACUAUUUUAUAGGAAUGUUGGAAUGGGUGUGUGCUCCAUGGCUUCAAGAAUCGGUGGCAUUUGCUCUCCUUUUGUUGUUUUCUUGGUAAGUUUUCUUGUUCAAAAUUUUUGCUCUUUACCAAAGUUUUGAAUGCUUUUUCUGGUUUGUCAGUCUCACUUACUUCCUUUUUCAGCUUUUAAUUACCGUAAAAUUCUGAAAAUAAGCCCCGGCGCUUAUAUUUUUCAAAGGCCCUUUUUGAGGGGCUUAUUUUUGGAGGGGCUUAUCUAUGGAGGGAAACGUUUCAAAAUCGAUUGGGCUAGCCUUAUAAUUGGAAGGAAAUUUUCCGUUUUUGCUUUGUUUUGCUUUGUAUUUGAGGGCAAUUUUCCAAGUACAAGCCCUCGGGGGGCUUAUAUUUGGAGGGUCGAUUUAACGGAGGGUUUUUUUGCGUUACCGGAUUGGGGGGCUUAUACGUGGAGGGGCUUAUUUUCGGAAUUUUACAGUACCUUAACAGUGCAGUGUAAUAUAAAUUUUUUUGUCGCAUUUUAGGGAAUCUACACACGCCCCCUUCCCAUGAUGAUAUUCGGGAUGUGUUCAUUUUCUGCUGGGUUACUCAGCCUGAUUUUACCAGAGACCCUGAAUAAACCACUGCCAGAGAGCUUAGAGGAGACUGGGUUCGAGGGCGUGGAAGGCAUGUCAUAUGAGCGACUAGAAAUGGAACAGUACACACGUGGCGCAGUUGAUUCGAAUGAUGAUGUGUUCCAAGCGAAUGAUUCAGACUUCGAUGAUGAUCUUGUUAGCGAGAAGACGACGUUUAUCUAGACUGGAUGCGUUAAAUGAAAUGAAUUUGUGUGGUGGUGGACUAGCAGUUAGAUAUCAAGGAGUCGUUGCUUAGUUAUCCAGUAAAAUCACGGCUAUCCCCGGUCAAAUUAGAAAAGGAAUUGGAAAUUGAGCAAAUUAAAUGGGAAACCCUAGCUGUCGGAAGGCAGAUCAUAUCGGCCAAGGGUCAGAGCCAUGAACUCAAAUCUUAUGUAACUAUGACUACUGCAGUAGCGGUCAAAGCCGGACUUCAACCCCAAAAUAUUUAAUUUUUGGAGAGGGUGUGGGUUGGGGUGGGGGUGCGUCGGGAUUACGUCAAUCCACCUUCGAAGCAGUUUUGUCGUCAUGUCGUUUGCUUCUUUGACAGAUCCAUUCCCAUUCCCCCUGCAGGAAGUUUUAACUUUCUGUCUUGGUUGAACGAACCGUCUCUACCUACAUGCACCUGCAUUAAAUUUUGGCGGCAUGUAGCC